AAAAAUACAACAUGACAUCCCCAGACUCAACAAACCCCCGAAAUCCAGAGAUAGCAUUUAUCUCCGGCCCUCUGGACAUAGGCCGAGACAACACCUAUUUCCACACGCACUACGUACCCAAAAUCAACGCUGCCAUUGAACGUGGACAUCGCUUUGUGAUCGGCCCCGUCGCUGGUGUGGACAGGGCCACAUUGGAUUAUCUCCUUGCGUAUCCUAUCCCUCCAUCACAUAUAACUAUUUUCGUGACUCCCACUGAGAAUAUAUUGAUGGGCGAUGAAUUCCGCUCUCGUGCGGUCAAUGUACAUGUUGUCGACGGGGGUUCGAAUAUGACGACUCGGGAUCGUGAUGCGGCGAUGACGAGGGCUAGCUCUUAUGAUAUUCUCAGGUGGAGACCGAGGGAGGAGGCAAAGAAGUUCUACGGACCGAUGUAUAGGGAGGGGUAUGUUACGAAUACAGAGAUGAAUUGGAGGCGGCGGAGGGGAAUUAGUGAGACGGAGGUAGUGAAAGAAGAAGAUGUGGGUAUCUUUCGUGAUGAGAAGAAGCGCUCCUCGGAGAAAUACGUUAUUAAUGCGCUUCGGGGCUUAUUUCGGACUGCUUCACAACCUUCUAAGGAUUGAUUAGGUUGGGAUGAGGAGGUGGUGUUUGAGAUAUAGCGUUUUCAAAAUUGCAUAGAUUCAAAUUAAGAUCUAUAUAAUUGUACAUAGU